AUGACAGUCGAAGAUGCAGCAGGGUCGCCCUCCCAAUCCUCCUCGUCCAAGCGUCUUUCAUACGUGCCAUAUCAGCGCAAAUCUCAUUCGAGGAAUGUAUCCGGUGCUUCGAUCGCGCCGAUCGAAAGCCCUGAGCCGGAGACAAGGUUCUCGCAUGCCGCGGUCGAGUCCGCUCUGGCAGCACAUCGCCCGAAUCCGCUCAGCACUUCGGACAGCAGAAGAGGCAGCGCUGCCUCGGGUACGAUACCCGCCUCCUCUACGCCUCUUCGAGCACAAGCUUCUUCCCCGCGCACGCCUUCCGCACUGAGUCGGCCGGCCGUCGUCGCUUCACCGUCCGCUCGAGGACUGGGCCUCGUUCGACCGAAUCGUGAUCUGGAUGCGCCCCCGCCCCCAUUACGAGUGGCUUCGAAACUCGCUUCCAGCAGCAUUCCACCAGCGAGCUCGGGAGCUGUUCGGAGUCAGCAGGCUGCUCCUUCGUCAGCUCACUCGCAGACACACAAUGGCUCAACACCAUCAACUCCCAGCUCUUCAGCAGCUCGUCAUGACCGUAGUCAAAGCACCGCAUCGACAUCGACAGUACGCGCAGCCGAUCGACCCCGCUCGCCGCAAAAGCUAUCAGAGACAUCUCGGACCUCGAGCAGGGUACAGCCAAGUAGCACGAGCUCGACUCCUAUCCACAUCUCUUCUCGAGACCAAGCCAAGCCGCACGACGCGUUCAAUGGUGGCACACCCGUGUCGACGAGCGCAGCGUCCAGCCUUCGAGGAUCAAGCAAGGCUUCUUCUGCUGUUGCCAGUCCUCCCGAUAGUCGCUCUUCAACACCGAUCAUAGGCGCAUCUGGCAUCUCCAUCCCCGCUCACGUCAACUCGUACGCCGCACUUCUCGCGGCUCAGUCUAGGCUGGGUCCGAUUCCUGUUCCACAAGGCGUCGCUUUAGCGCAAGCUGCCGGUGCACCCACGUCAAGCGGUCAGUCUGUAGUCGCAGCCGCUUCGGAUGGAAGGCGGACAGCGUAUCGAUCCGGCUUCCAGCCCAAGGGAGUCGUGCGCGUAAGGACGGGCGACUUCGCAGAAUUGAGGAACAAGAACAGGAGUGAAGGAGAGAUGGAGGCGCAACGAAUGGACCGAAGGCUUGCGAAGCUCAUCGCCAUCCAUUUCGCUCCGAUCACCGACGCAGAAAAGUCUGCAGUCGGCUCGCCAAAGAAGUCCCUUGGAUCUGCCUUCAUCGAUCUCGAUCUUGACGAGCUGAAACGAGACCCGAGCAGCGUCCUCAGAAAAGGCGGGAGCGAUCUGUGGACCUCUUUCAGAGCGCGAGGACGCGGCGAGGAUCCCGCCAUCCGACAGGCGGAGCAAAGUAUCGUCAACUGGCAGGACGACGACGAGGUGAAAGCAUGUCCGAUCUGCUCCACGCCCUUCAGCUUCACCGUCCGCAAGCACCACUGCCGACUGUGUGGGCGCGUUGUCUGCGCUUCGCCUCAUCUUACACGACUCGCCUGGGCAGAGCAGAUGGGUCCAGGAACAGGCAAGGUGCUGACACCCGAAGAGCGCGCCGCGCUCGAUGGAAAGUGCUCCGGCAACAUUGUCGCCGACCCGAUCAGCGGCCGCGUCGAGGAGGUCAAAGAAGGAGCCGCUGCACCGUCCAAGUCCGGAUCCAGCGCGGCGCAGUCGAAGGGCGUGCGCGUCUGUCUCGACUGCAAGGCGAUCGUGCGCAAGCGCCAGUACAUGAUGGACGACGAGCCGCUGCCGGUCUUUAUGAAGCUGUACGAAGCGCUGAUGCGCGUGCAGAAGGAGAUCGAGCAGUCGCUCCCGGAGUUCCAGGAGAUGGUGCUCGGCUUGCAAAAGCACGACCAGACGGCCGCCCUCGGAUCGAGCAUCCGUGCCAACAUCGAGCUCCAGCGUGACGCCGUGUCGGCACGCAAGCAGCUGCUGGCCAACUUUGCCACCUACGACGAGCUUGCGAAACGUAUACGGGCGUUGCCUGUAGCAGACAAGGACAGUGCGGGCGAUGCAGCGCAGGAACGGAUUCAGUACGCCAUCUUUACGCGCGCCAACCUGUUCUUGCAGCAGAACAUGCUGCCACUGCAAAGCCUGCCGAAGCCGGGGAGCAAGAAGAACAUCGACGCGAGCUCGGAUACGACGGGGAGCGCACCGAGCUCGCCGCAACCCGCAUCGCCGCGAAUGGCACCACGACGAGGAACAGCGACACAGCACGCCAACAAGGGCUCCGUCAGCUCGGUCGCCAGUUUUCGGUCGCUCUUCGGGGGCAGCACCGGCAGCGCAUCCGGCUCUCUACGUGCAAACACACGAGCCGACCUCGACGAGCAGCUCAACGACGACGAGCCCUCCGACGAUCAUCUAGCAAAUGCAACGCCGGACGAGCUCAAGGAACAGCUCAAGGUGCUGCUGGAGCAGGAGAAGUUGGUCGCCGACUACGUCGAGAGUGCAGCCAAGGCGCGCAAGUUCGAGGACGCUAAAACGCUCAAACGGAGCCACGACGAGCUGUGUAAGGAGAUCCUGCGCGUGCAGCGACGGUUGGUGGUGUCCGGCAAUGGACGCUGA